ACCACCACCAUGUCGCGCAAAAUGGCAAAGACCAAGACUACCAAGAAGCUCCCUCAGUGCGCAACAUCCAACGUGUUUGCCAUGUUUGACCAGUCACAGAUUCAGGAGUUCAAAGAGGCCUUCAACACGAUUGAUCAGAACAGAGAUGGUUUCAUUGACAAAGAAGAUUUGUGUGAUAUACUUGGCUCACUGGGGAAAAAUCCAACUGAUGAGUAUCUGGAUGCCAUGAUGAAUGAGGCUCCAGGCCCCAUCAAUUUCACCAUGUUUCUCACCAUGUUUGGUGAGAAGUUAAAUGGCACAGAUCCUGAAGAUGUCAUCCAAAAUGCUUUUGCUUGCUUUGAUGAAGAAGCAACUGGCACCAUCCAGGAGGAUUACCUGAGAGAGCUGCUGACAACCAUGGGAGAUUGGUUUAUAGAUGAGGAAGUGGAUGAGCUGUACAGAGAAGCACCCAUUGACAAAAAGGGGAAUUUCAAUUACAUUGAAUUUACCCGCAUCCUUAAACAUGGAGCAAAAGACAAGGAUGACUGAAAAGAACUUCAAAUUCCAGCCAAAUGUUCCUUGUU